AUUGCAUGUAAGUUCACAUUGAAAGUGAGAUUCAUACUGAUAAAAUAAUUUGGUGGGGUUGCCUUAGAUUGCGGUUGAAGUUAAUGGGGCACGAAUUUCCUGCUCCUGCUACAGAUUUAUCAUCUCAUUAUGGCAGCAUCUGCCAUUCUAUUAUAGAUUUAUAGUUUCUUUUGCUGAAUGGUUGUACCAUGCUGUUGUAGUUGGAGAGAUUAUUCCUGCCCUCUUUGGUGUAGCAUGUGUUACGGGGAAAAAUAUUUUUUAUGCGUUAGACGUAUGAGAUCAAUAUUUCAUUGAUACAUGGAUUUUAUGCGUGUGAAACUCUCAUGUUAGUAAGACAUUGAUCUCGUACGUGUGAGACCCACAUAUUAGUGAAAUAUUGGUCUCAUAUAUUCGGCACAUGAGAUACUUUUCGGAUAUGGAGUAAUGUCAAAGUUAACCAAUUGUUCAUGUUGUGCCACAUGCAAAUUAAAAAUGUUUUGAUAUUUUCUAUUAUGUUGACGUUAGGAACAAUCUCUCCAGUCAUUUGGAUGCAGUUAUUUGUUCAAACUUCACAUUGUAAGGGAUUCUACUAAUGGCAAACGGAGGUAGCAAAGGUGGAGUUGGCACAAGUGAUGCUAAUGGAAGUAGAAAUGAUUUGGCUCAUCAAGGGAAGAAGAAAGGGCGAGGGCCUACUCGGAAUUUUAAAUUGGCCAAAAAGUUCAAGGAAGGGGAAAGAUAUGAGAUUGGUUGGCUAAAUGGAAGACCUGUAGGGCCUCAUGCUCGUGAUUUAAUAAAUGAAUGUACAAAACUUGUUAGGGCACAACAAAAUAUACCUCUAAAGUUCACAGAUUGGAAAAAAGUACCCUAUAUCAACAAAAGGAAGCUUUUUGAUAAAAUAUUGGAGUAUUUCAAAGUUGAGGGUCGAAAGCAAGAGGUUUGGCGACAAAUGGGUAGUUCUUACUUGAAUUAUCGUGACUCCCUAAAGAAAAAGUGGUUUAAGCCAUAUGGUGAAGUAAUAGAAGAGGCACGAGCAAAUGUUCCACCCGGACUAGAGAAGGAUGAUUGGAAUUGUCUCGUGGAUCUGUGGAGCAAGCAAGAUUAUAUGGACAUGUGUUUGAAAAACAAGGAAAAUCAGGACAAAAACAAUAUUAUCCACACUUCUGGUUCAAAAAGUUUCCAACAACGUAGUGCAGAAGAGAUAUUUGCCACUGAACAUAUAAGACUCUUCCAAGCUGCAUAACUGCUUUGCUAUUUUCCACUAGUCUUGGCUGUAAGCUUCAAAAGGACUUUUCUCAAUCAAUUUGCAGCCACUUGAUUGACUUCUUAACAUCUUAAGAUUGAAUAUAAGAUGCUCUUGCAUCAGUCUAUC